GGCGGCCGCUGCGGGCCCGCCCGCAUGGAGCCCGCGCCGGGGGAGCCGGCGGCCGCCCGGAUGGUGGCGUAGGGCCCGCACUGCCGGCCCCGCAGCAUGGCGAGCUGCCUGCCGCCCUGCGUGAUCGACGGCGGCACCGGGUAUACGAAGCUUGGCUAUGCAGGAAAUACAGAACCUCAGUUCAUUAUCCCAUCAUGCAUUGCAAUCCGAGAGUCAGCCAAAGUGGGGGACCAGGCUCAGAGGAGGGUAAUGAAAGGUGUUGAUGAUCUGGACUUUUUCAUAGGAGAUGAAGCCAUAGAUAAACCUACCUAUGCUACAAAGUGGCCUAUCCGACAUGGAAUUGUUGAGGACUGGGACCUCAUGGAGAGGUUCAUGGAACAAGUCAUUUUUAAGUACCUUCGAGCUGAGCCAGAGGAUCACUAUUUUUUAAUGACAGAGCCUCCACUGAACACACCAGAAAACAGAGAAUAUCUUGCAGAAAUCAUGUUUGAAUCAUUUAACAUCCCAGGACUUUACAUUGCUGUGCAGGCAGUGUUGGCCCUAGCUGCCUCCUGGACGUCACGGCAGGUCGGGGAGCGGACUCUGACUGGAAUUGUCAUCGACAGUGGUGACGGGGUGACCCACGUGAUCCCCGUGGCAGAAGGCUAUGUAAUUGGAAGUUGCAUCAAGCAUAUUCCUAUUGCAGGUAGAGAUAUUACUUACUUUAUUCAACAGCUUCUAAGGGAAAGGGAGGUAGGAAUUCCUCCUGAACAAUCUCUGGAGACAGCAAAAGCCAUAAAGGAGAAAUACUGUUACAUUUGCCCCGACAUAGUGAAGGAAUUUGCCAAGUACGACGGGGACUCUCGCAGGUGGAUCAAACAAUACACGGGCAUCAACGCCAUCAACAAAACCAAGUUUGUUAUAGAUGUUGGUUACGAGAGGUUCCUCGGGCCAGAAAUCUUCUUCCAUCCCGAGUUUGCCAACCCUGAUUUCAUGGAGUCCAUUUCGGAUGUAGUGGAUGAAGUCAUCCAGAACUGUCCCAUUGACGUCCGGCGGCCCUUAUACAAGAAUGUGGUGCUCUCAGGAGGCUCCACGAUGUUCAGGGACUUCGGACGACGGCUGCAGAGGGAUUUGAAGAGAGUGGUGGACGCGAGACUGCGGCUCAGCGAGGAGCUCAGUGGUGGUCGGAUAAAACCCAAACCAGUGGAAGUUCAAGUGAUAACACAUCACAUGCAGCGUUAUGCAGUUUGGUUUGGAGGUUCCAUGCUGGCUUCAACACCAGAGUUUUUCCAAGUAUGUCACACCAAGAAGGACUAUGAAGAGUAUGGCCCUAGUAUUUGUCGUCAUAAUCCUGUUUUUGGAGUCAUGUCAUAAUGCUCAUCCAGUGGAAAUAAAGAUAUUCUGAUACUGUGCUGGUGAAGAAACUCUUGCAGUGCAGAGGCAAGAUACUGUAGGCAAGAAGGCAAAAGAUACUGUAAAUACUGAAACAAGAUGUGGUUAACUCUGAGGCAUUUGGAUCACUAUUGUAAGCACAGCUUACAGCCCCAAGUCAUUUCAGUACCAGCCAUUUCUCUGCUGACUACUCAGAGCCUUUCCUUCUUUCUUCCUAAAUGUGAGGUAAUUGAAAAUGGGUAAGUCUUAGUUUAGGAGGUUGUGCAAAUACUACUGAAACUGAAUCUUGAAGAAUAAGGCAGUAUUUUACUGCUUGUGGAAAGAUCUGAAUUUUUCCCACUUGUGCCCUGAGUUUGCAAUCAAACCUUUAGCAAUGGAGCACUAAAUACCACAUUGCCUUUAGGGGUGUUGGAAUGGAUACAGGUACCUACCCAAAUGGAAUAGAUUGCAGGAUUGGGACAGUACUUUGUAAAUGUAGGGUUUCAUAUCAUUUUGUAUUUUAUGAUAUUGGUAGGGUGAAUUGAUGACUAGUUCUAAGCAUGAACAGCUGUCAAUGUCAUGGAAUGGUGUAAUGCAUUUCCAGGUGUGGGGCAUGUAUUGGAUCAGUGCUGGUAUAUUUUUUGGGGGAAAAAUAAGCCAUGUAUGAUAGAAAUGGAUCUGUUCAUGUUUGGAUGAUGCAAAGUGAUUUACAGUAUUGUAUGAAGUUUAUUAUAGCCACUGUUCCUUUGUUUUGAAUUUUCUGAAGCUGUUUUUUAGGAGAUGAUGUUUUAUUUUGCUGUUGGUGAGUGGUGGAUGACACAUGGACUUUGCACCAGUGAAAUAAAAGCUGUUAACAUCUUUA